AGCUGAUGAACUGUCAAUGAACCUCAUAUUUUAAUUGUAGUCGUACUAGUGAGGUUUACUGUUAGUGUUAGACGGUGUUAGAAUUCUAACGUGUGCGCUAGUUUGAGGAAUAUUCGUUUGUGCAAAAUGAAUUCUGUAAGAGUAAUUAGGAAUGACAAUCAUUUUAUUUCAGAACUAGAUGCUGCCAGAGGGCAGUUACUCGUGGUAGAGUUUGUUACUCGAUGGAGCGGACCUUGCAUUGCUGUUGCAGAAGCAUUUGAAGGUUUGGCCAGGAGAUAUGACAGGGCUCUAUUCCUGGUUGUUGAUGUGGAGCUGUGUCCUGAUGCUGCUCUGUUGCAUGAUGUCCAGUCACUCCCUACUUUUAUAAUUUAUAAAGGACAGAUUCCUGUUGAUACUGUGCGCUGUGCUGACAUGAUCAAUCUGGAGCUGUUAAUAGCUGAUCACUAUGACAAUAAUGAAGAGGAACCACAAGCUCGUUGAUGGAGAUCAAUCUUCAGUUUUAAAAAAUUAUUUAAGAUAUUUUGACUUCAUUACAAUGAAAAGGUUAUUCUCCACAAAUAAGAGAUAUUAAUUCAUGAAAAGAAGAUCAAAAAUUAUUGUUAAAGCUUUCUUGUCUCUUCAUCCUUUAAUCUCUUCCAACUUUAAUUUCUUAUUUUUAUCUUCUUUGGUAUUAAAAUUAAAAUCUGACAUCUUUUUCGUAAAUAGAAUGUGUAGAUGCUUAGAAUUAGACAAUGAUAAGCCACUCGCCUAGCAACAUCAAGAUGUUUACAUUUUAGGUUUCUGCUAGAGGUUAGCAAGUCACUGUCCAAGUCAUAUAAUAUAUUGUAGUAAUAAAUGUAGAAACUUUUAAUACAAUCAAUAUGUUUUUAAUGUAGAUCACCUGAUUUACAGAAUUCUUUGAACUUUCAAUUGCAUGUCCUGUAGACCUCGCUUAAGGUGGCUUAGUGUUGCCUUGUUACAAGCAUCUUGCAUGUAGGAUAUGUGUAUAUAGAUAGUUGGGUAGAUGGCUAAUAACUGGUUGAAAUAUUGAUUUGCAGAUUAUUUGUGGGUUCUGUUUUGGGGAUAAAUUUCAUUUGCUGGUUUCACCAUUUUCUUGGGUUAUAUUUGAAUUUGGUUAUAAGUUUCAAUCUUGCUGUUUUUAAUUGUACCUUUGGUGUGUGGUAAUUAACCAGAACUGUAGUUGGAUUAGUACUAAUAGAAGAUGUGACUUUUCUGUACAGUGAAGAAAAUAAUUCACACUUGUUAAGUAUAAGUACUUACUUGUUAAGAUUGUUUUUUUUUUUUCUAUUUUGAUUGAAAUAGAACUGGAAAUAUUCAAAUUUUAUAAGUUUAGAAGAGACAAGAAAGAUGAACAAAAUGAGAGCCAUAGGCCUACUGGGGAAAGGGGGCUCAUGAGUAAAUAUACCCUUAAC